ACACGGGUUUAGAUUCAAGUGUUAAACCAACCGAUUCAUACCCUUCAGUUCUUCAAACCCUAGCCUCCACUCCAGGUACGAUGGUGAGAAGUUAGAACCGUAGCCUAACAAAGAAACAAAUCUCUCUCCAGUACCACCUGCUGGUAAAUCUUCUUGAAUAUGAGGAUCGGCAAGAACGUGAAGCUCAACCAGUCACCAUGGAUGCGAUUUCCUUUGCCUAAGACUCGCACCAGCAUAAAUUGUUAGGAUUUCAGGCCAAGACGUGAGAGAAGCAGCAGAGAGAAUGAAGCGGCAGAGAGAAUGAAAGAAUGAAGGAAGCUUUUGGAUUUCAAAGGCCAUAAAAAGAGAUGCUUUUAUAUUUAGGGUUAUGAGGGUGCAUUAUAGUGGUCUCAGAGUUGCAUUCCUGCGCCAUGGCCGAAGGUACCUGUCAUGCUCAACUGGCUGAAGUCGUUUAUGCUUUGAAGGGAGAGACCGUUCACCUGCGAGAAGAACAAGAAACACAAAAGUAAAUGCUGGAUGCAGUUCUGCAACAAAUAAAUAACCUUGCUGCUAGUUAUGAUCAACUAGCUGUAAUGGUUAUCAGAAUUCAGGUGAAGGCUCCUUAAACUGAAAGGUUAGUAACAAUCCAUUAUUUGAAGGGGGAGGGGACAUUCAUGCUAGAUCCAUUAGAAUUGAAUUUCCAAAGUUUGAUGGUAAUGAACCAAUAGAAUGGGUCCUUAAGGCAGAGUAGUUUUUUGCAUAUUUAAGUACUCUAGAGGAUAAAAAAAUACAGAUUGCAUUUUUUCACAUGGAGGGAAAGGCUUUAUCAUGGUAUUGCUAGUUAAGGGAGUAGCGCCUAGUCCAGGGGUGGGAUGAUUUUGUAGCGCCCAGCCAACUCUGUGUUGGACGCCAUCCUUGCACCACCAGAAGCCCGGCCUUGCAAAACUGGGAGCAACUCACGCAAACUCUGUUUCUUUCUUUCCGUCAUCGUCUCUCUCCGUCCGUCCCUCUAUCUUCUCUGUAAUUUUUAUUUUCCAUCGCCCCUCCCCACUCAGUCAGUCUCUGCCUCGCCGGCCGGUUGGUCUCUCCUGCCCAUCUCCCUCUUCGUCUACCUGUCCCUCUCGUGUUCUCUCUUCACCUUCUCCAUCUCUCUCAGUUCGCUCUCUCUUCUCCCUGUUGUGCUGCCGCCGCCGCCGCCGUCCAAGCCCUACACUACGAGCACGCUGUCCCUCCCUUCGCCACCAAUAACCUCUGUUUCCCACCGUCGUCCUCCUCUCCACACCACUGUUUUCCGCCCCUCGGUCUCUACCCUGUUGUCGCCACCUUUCACGCCUCGCACUCCAUCCAGCCCGAACACGUUGCCGUUGUUAACACGUCGUACCCCAUCGCUGGCUGGCACACCACGUCCAGCCGUGCCGCCUCACUCUAUCGAACAUCCUUCGCGCAACACCAUUCGCCCCACAAAUCCGACCGACUACUCUCCGAGUUGGGUUUGGAAAUGCUGACUGAUUUGGGAUGUUUUGCUAACUGUGGAUAUGGAGUUCUGUUGAAGUGGAGCGUAUUGGGCAUGGCUUUAUAUUUAGUUUGAGGUUUUGAAGGGGUAAGGUUUUCCUCGUUAUGUGUAAGAUAGGGUUGGUUUUUGCAUAGUUGUAUCAACCUAUUUUCGGAAAUGAGAGGUUUUGGUUUGUACAAUGGUUAGUACGUUACAUUUGGGUAAAGUGAAAAUACUUGGAAGAAAUAGAAUUGGAUAGAUGGUUUUUGCUACAUUGGGGUAAUAGGUGAAUUGGCCUUUAAGUGCAUUUUAGCGUAUUCAGGGUCACCAUAGAAUUUGAUGGGAGUUAGGUAUGAUCUGUUUUAUUUCUUAAAAAUAGUGUACAACUCUGUUAACUCAGAAUAAUGGUAAUUAUGUUUAGGUGAUGAUUGAUAUUCGCCUGGCACUAUUGUGAGGAAAUUUAGAGAUGUUAAAAAGUCUAAAUAAGCGGUGCUCCUAUGCUAGAUUUUGCUAAAAGCUGACUGAGGUUGAUUUUGUGAAAAGCUUGCAUAUUUUGUUAUGAAAACAACCUUGGUUAUUUUCUGUACUAGUUUCUGUAUCUGAACAUUGAAACUUGACAUUGUAUCAUGACUGGUGUAGAUAUAAUUCUUGUACUCUGUUUCUCUAGUGCAUAAAAUGAGAACAUGAACUUUGAAAUAUAUUAUCCGAUUAUAUGAUAUUAUCUGGUUAGUAUACUAUUAUGCUAUUGAAUUGUAUCUGAAAACCCUGAGGCAUAAGAUUCUGAUCUGUUUUGGUUAUGGGCCUUGCCAUGGGUUAUUAUAAUAGUGGCCUCUAAUUUUUGACCUUGCCACGGGUGUAAACUUGUUGCCUUUGAUUUUUGACCUUGCCAUGGGUGUAAAAUUGUGGCUUAUGAUUUCAGACCUUGCAAAGGGUAUAAAAUGGUAGCUUUUGCUUUGAUUGCACUCACUUUGGUGAAAAAGUGAUUGAUGUUCUGUUUGGUUAUCUGCAGAUAUGCAUAACCCUGCCACGGGGGUAAACAUGGCUUCUGUAUCUGUUUCUGAUCUUGUUUCAGUAUGCUUGUGUCUAAGGUCUUUUGUAUAUAUUAUUAUUGAAAAAGAAAUGUUUGUGAAAAUAUCAUUGCUAUUUUUGAUAAUUGUUUGUUUUUGUAUCCUGUAACUGGCGCUGGCUCAUGUUUAUACAUUAGUAUAUAGGUUCAUUGCUUACUGAGUCGGUGGACUCACUUGUUUAUCCACCAUUUUUCUUCAAAUACUUGAUGAUUGUGACAGUUGGAAUAGAUGGCUCGUUACAGGAUUAUAAGAGAAAUGUGAGAUAAUUUCCAUGUUGCAAAAGUGGAUAAGAGUUAAAGUGUUCACCCCCUAGUACGGGGUGUGACACACAUGGCCUCAAAUCUCAUUCGAGUUGCUUCCUAUGAAGCUGAGAACCAGAUAGAACUCUCUCUAAGGCAAGCCUUUGAGCUUCUGGAACCUAAACUAAGACCCCCGUUUGCGUUAACAAUCCCAGACCAGCAAGAAUAUGACCAGCUCAACCGGGCCAUUGUUUACGGGUUUUUAUGUGAACCCCAUAAUGCCAAAACCCAUAUUAAGCACUUACAUGCACUUGUCACUGAUGGAUAUGCCUUAUUUGUCCAUUUGCUUGUCAAGGUUGUUCAAGAAUUGUACACAAAACUUGUUGAUUCGGUGAAAAAACAGUUGAUUUGGGUUGCUAAGGAGAUGAUUGAUGUCUCUGGGGUAGGGGUUGAUGGACUUUUGGUGUGCUUACUGAGGCAAAUCGUUGGUGGAGAUUUUUCUGAGGGGAAUCUGUGGCUGUGCUCUGAGUUAGUGAGAAUCUUUUUGGCCAAAUGGGAUUGCUUAUUAGAAGAGGAACCACUAGUUCUUACUAGUGCUUUAUACACGUAUCUUCGGUUAUUGGCUGAUCAUUGUAUGUUAGUGAAUAAUGCAAAUUUAGAGGCAUUGAAGCAGUUGGAGAUUGAUUUUUGCGUCAAAGUAUUGAGGGAGCAGUUUCAUUUGUGUUUGAGAAUUGGGAGGGAUUUUAUUAGAGUUCUUCAAGAUUUGGCACACGUGCCCGAGUUUAGAGCUAUAUGGAAAGAUUUAGUAUUGAACCCAAGCAAGUUUAAGACUCCAGGCUUUUCAGAUAUUUCACAGUUCUAUCGCACAAGGACUUCAAGUCGGUAUUCUUUACUUAGGAUUACCCCAGAAAUGGAGACGCAAUUGCGGUUUUUACUCACACAUGUAAAGUUAGGGACUCAGAGGCGACACCUGGAAUGGUUUACUAAGAAGUUUCUAUGUGGGGUGGAGAGAGAGACUCUUUUGAGCGACAUUGUUCGGUUUAUAUGUUGUGCACACCACCCAACUAAUGAAAUUAUUCAGUCAGAUGUUGUUCCGAGAUGGGUAGCUAUUGGUUGGCUUAUGGGACUUUGUAGGAAAAACCAUGUUGGAGCCAAUAUGAAGCUGGCUUUAUUUUAUGAUUGGCUCUUUUUUGAUGAAAGAGUAGAUAAUAUUAUGAACAUUGAACCUGCAAUGCUACUGAUGGUAUAUUCUAUUCCCAGAUGCAUUGACAUGACUCACAGCCUUCUCGAAUUUUUGUUUCUCGUCUUAGACAACUAUGAUUUACAACAUAAUGACAUUAUAGUUAGAGGUGUGUCAUCAGCUUUCAGUGUGCUUCUUAGGAAAGGAGUGAUUCAGUCUUUGGAUGUUUUGACUUCUAGUGAUGCAAUUUCUCCUUUUCUGAGGGAGAGGCUUGGAAGGUUUUUGUCUGGUAGGAAAAUGGGAUUUAUUAAAGACCUGCAGCCAGAAAAUUUUCCUCACAACUUUUUGACACCUCCGAGCUUGCCAAACUCAUCCUGUGUGGAAACUGUGGCACCAUCACUGAAAGGGCAACUUACCUGCACCCAGGAAGAUGGGUUUGCCACCAAACCUGUUGAUUCUUCUGUUCCAUCCAUUGUGACCAGUGAACGCCAAGUUGUUUCUGCAGAGAAUUUAGUUCAAAAUUUUGGGGAAAAGAUUAAGAAGUCGUGUGUAGUAGGCCAUCAGACCUUGGAGGAGGAAUUAUAUUCAUUUCUGAAUCUUAACAAUCAAAAAACAAUGAGCGGUACAAUAUGCAAUGAAGUUUUAUCUUCUACAAUAUCAAAGGAGUUUGAGUUGAAUGGUUAUAAAAUAUUUUCUUUACUUCAAUAUCUUCCAGAUAAUCUUGACUGUGAUGAUGAAGUAGGGUCUGCCACUGCCUUACUUAUUCGUGCCUGUAUCUUUUCUCAACCUAAGAUGCAGGACAUGCUUCUAUCCUGGUCAAGGAAUGGCUUUUCAGUGGGAGCACGAUUACUAUCUUAUGCAUCAAGACUAGCUUAUGAGGCGUCCAUGGCAGAUUGUUUGGGAGAUACAAUGGUCGAUAAAGAUUCUGCUAAAAGCAGUGAUUUACCUUUAUUGAUCUUUCAUAUUGAUGGGUAUAUUUCUUUUGUGCAAGGUGAAAAGGAGAGUUCUUUCUCAGCUCUUGCUUCUACUGCAAAGAUAGACAACAAGGUAGUCUCACAGUUGGUAAGUAGUGCUUUUGGUGCUUACAGAAGUUUUCUUGGGUGUUCAAGGACUAUGUUACAUAAAAAUGAUGAUGCAUCUCUGACAAAGCUCCUCAUUUCUGACUUAAUGUCUUGUGCUGAAUGGGGGAGGAAAAGAUUGAAAAGUUUGUUCUGCUGUGUCUUUCAUCAUCUUCCUGAUUUGUCCAUUGGUAAGGAAGACAUGAUCAAGUUACUUGUUAGUCUGUUGGAUCACACCAGUCUGGUUGAUGUACAAUUUGAACUAGGCUUGAAAAAACUCUCUGUAUUUGGUGAGAACACUGAAACCAUUUUGCACUUAAUAGAGAGCUCUCUUGAUUGGAGCUGUUUGGAGCAACGUAAUUUCUGGGGGUUGAUUAGAUCGGAGCUCGCUGUUUCCAAGGUUCAACUAGAGAAGGUGAUUUUGGAGUUUUUCUGCUCAGAUGAACUGGAUCCUAAAAGAGUUGCCAUUGCAGUUGAAGGCCUUCUGACACUAUGCUGCUGUCGUGCACCCACUCCUGAGCUUGUUGGGGCAAUCAUGUUAUUACCUAGUAAUGUGUUCCAGGAUUUUGCUGCUGCUGUUUUAGCAACAUGGGCCGUGUCUAAUGCCACGAUGUUGUUUGAUAGCUUAGCUGAUUUUUCUGAGAAAUUUGAUAGCAAGACUAGGGAUUCUAAUCUUCCCAAUUCGGCUGGGAUUCUGGUGAAUCAUUCUGCCAUUUUAUGGUUAUUCAAUAAUUUUGAUGCAAAAGGGAUGAAUGGCUCUGAUAUUUUGAGAAAACUCUCCCCAGAUAUUCCGGGCAAAAAGUAGUGCAGCAGUUCUGAAGAAUAGUUGAGAAUGCCCUUUUUUAAUCAGAAGAUGAGCCAGAGUGCCCUACUUUCUACUGAUCUUCCCAACCUCAACAAGAUCAAAUGUUCUGUUAACAUUUGCUCAGUAGCUAUAUUUGCCAAGCUUCUGUAAAUGCUCCCCAUAGUAUGCCAUUUCAUGAGCUCCAAACUAUGGAGAGACGCCUUUGCCUGGAACUGGAAAGAGUAAUAAUGCCACAACGAGCAGAAUUUCCUGUGGAUUACAUAAAUGCUCUUUCCGUGGGACAUAAAAGAGAUCGGCGACCAUGGAGAAUAUAGGGGCAGUUGCAAUGGUCACUCGAAGGCAUCUUUUGGAAGAACCUGAGAUAGAAAUGCUAUCUAUAUCCAUCAUAGAUCUAGAUCAGAUAGAAUCAUCUAUCAUCAUCCCUUAAAAGUUCUUUUUCCAGGGUAUGAGUUCUACUUGAUUUUUGUAAAUUAUAGAGCUGAUGUAGUAGAUUCAUUUUGAUGGGUCCCAAGGCAGACCAAGUCUUAAGGAUCAAUUACAAGAUCAGGAGCCAAGAAGAUCAAGGAAGCAAUACAAGGAUUGAUGCAAUCCAAUUGGGAUGAAGCUAACAAGAGUCUAACACUCAAGAUGGGUUUGAAAAAAGGAGAACCAGUUUGAUUCACUUAAUCCAAGUUUUGGAAGACAUGACUUAGAGAUAGAGCCUGUUGUUAUUAAGACUUUCAAUUUGUUUAAAUGAUUUUUAUUAUUAAUUUAGAAUAAGUGGGCUUGAGGAUGCUUAGCCCACAUGUCUUAUUUCUAAUAAAUUAGGGUUUUUGGGAAGGCCUUGUAUUUUGGCCAAUGGUUUAUUUGGAAAGUUAUUAUUUUAACUCUCACUAGGGUUUUAGAAAUUACUUUUAGUGCGGCACUAUUGACGCUACAGUACCUGAGGCACUGUUCACUUAGAGUUUUUGGGAAUUGUUUAUUUAAACCACUUGUUGCCUCAUUUGAGAAGGUUAGACAUUAUUGAAUUUUAUUGGUGAGUUGAGUUUACUCCUCUUAUUCUUAA